AAUUUCGUAAAAUAGUAAUAUAAUAUUCUGCUCUUUUAAAAUUCGUUUCGGUGCUUCGCCUCUGCUCCUGUCUUCGUCUCGCCACCGCCAGACCACCACAACCACCACAACCACCACCUCGCCGGAGAAGGCUCCCGGCGAGCUCGCGGCGAGCUGUGGGGGGAGCGGGAGAGGGCGCGAGUGCUGGAACUGGAAUGGGGACGGACUAGAGCUGUGCUGCCGCCCUGCUGCCUCUCUAGGCUUCUGUAGGACGGACUAGAGCCAUGGAGCUUUCUCCCUCGCUCGCCCCUGUGCCCACCGGUUGCGUGUUCCCGUCGAGCUCCCGGCUGUGACCGGAAAGGAAGGGGAUCCAGGUGCCCAACUGGUUAGCGGUGAGGCGCAGCGCCCGCAGGAUGCCAACCGAGCAGAGGCGCCGCAUGCCCCCGACCCACUUUCUUCCGGCGGGGUCUGAAUCGUCCCCCUUCACUGACGAGCUUGGGUUGCGUCCUGAGAGGCAGGUUGGAGUUUUGAAGCAGGGUUGCUUUCCUGAGAAUGUUGGCAGAUUUGCAUGUUCUCCAAGUGGAGCAGUAGUGAAUCAGUUAGAUAUGCAGCCAUACAAGCUAAUGGACCAGAAAGCCCAGUUUGGCCUUGACGACAAGUUGCUCGACCAAAGAAAUGUUAACCUGCCACCAUCUUUCUGGAGAGCAGAUCAAAAUCAUGUACACCAACGUGAUUCUUUUCCCAAGCUGUUGGUUUCACCUCUGGAAGGUAGAAUGGGAAGUUUAAAUGGGACCCAAUAUGAAAGCGGACUUUUUUCCAGCUCCCUUCCAGACAUUUUUGACAAGAAAAUGAGAUUAACACCAAAGGACAGUGUUGUCGGUCAGCUGGUUGAAAAAGUCGAUCACAACCAAGCAGAUGAUGAGCCUUUUGAGAUGACAAAGGAAAUUGAGAACCAAAUAAUUGGCAACCUGCUCCCUGACGACGAUGACUUAUUGUCAGGUGUUCUUGGUUGUGUUGGGUAUAAUACCCAAGGUAAUUAUCAGGAUGACAUUGAGGAUGAUAUAUUUUGUACUGGAGGUGGAAUGGAAUUAGAAGCAGAUAGAAAUGAAAAACUGUUUAAAGUUAAUGGUGGGGUCGAUUAUAGUCAUACUAGGUCAAAUGUCCAACUAAAUGGUAAAUGCACUUAUGCGGAACAACCUUCGAGAAUCCUUAUUGUUGGAAACAUUGAUAGCAAUAUUGAGGAUUCUGAAUUGAAAUUUAUAUUUGAGCAAUACGGAGACAUGCAUACACUUAAUGCUUCUAGCAAACAUCAUGGUUUUGUGAUAGUAUCUUACUAUGAUGUAAGAUCGGCUGAAAAUGCUGUGAGGGCCCUUCAAAGAAAGGCAAUCAGACAUAGGAAACUUGACAUACGGUACUCCAUUCCAAAGGACUAUCCUUUGGAGAAAUAUAUCAACCAUGGCACCCUAAUACUCAACCUUGACCCCUCAAUAACAAAUGAUGAUCUUCACCGGAUAUUUGGUGUCUAUGGUGAAAUCAAGGAGAUUCACAAUACUUCAGACAACGAUCGUCACAAAUCAAUAGAGUUUUUUGAUCUCAGAGCAGCUGAAGCUGCACAAUAUGCCUUGAACAGGAGUGAUAUUGCAGGAAAUAAAAUCAAAUUGGAGCCCAGCUGUCUGGAUGGUACUAAACGUUUGAUGAAGCAGACGUCUCGCGCGUUGGAGCAGGAAAGGUUUGGUGUAUGCAAACUAGGAAGCCCAAACAGUCCUUUGUCAACAUACUUUGACAUAAUGCAAGGUUCCGUCAAAAUGGCAUCAAUCAGAUCCACUGGCCCAGAAAGUGGAACUGUUCAGGUUUUGCGUUCUAGAGGUCAGACACCGAUAAACCAAUUCAGAGAGGGAAGAAGUUUUCUAGGUCUUCCCUCAACUACCAUACCAAGUAGGUCCUCUCCUGUUGGAAUUGCAACUGCAGGAUCAGAAAGCAGCCACUAUGCUCUUGAUGAGCACUGCCAUUCACUCGAAAAGAUGAAUGGACAGAACAAUGAGCGAAUGGAUUAUGGCGUUCAAGAGAGUAGCGGUUUCCAUCCUCAUUCUCUCCCUGAGUUUAACGGUAGACUAAACAAUUGUGGCCCUUAUAACUUCUCAAUCCCAUCUGUUGGUGUUAAGAGCAACGCUAGAGCUACUGAAGCAAUGGACGCCAGACAUAUUUACAGAGGAGGUUCUGGGAAUCUCCGCAAUCAAUCUUCUACCCAUACUGAAGCACUUGGGAUUUCAAGAAUUGGCAGUUGCCCUCUCCAUGAUCACGACCUAGCUCAGAGUAAUUCUAAUAACUUACAUUGUCAGCCUUCUUCUCCCAUGCUAUGGUCUAGCACAGGCCCAUCUAUCAAUAACAUACCAUCUCACCCGUUGAUGAAAUUGCAUGGAUUUUCAAGAGCACCGUUGCGCAUGCUUGAUAAUAUCAUCCCUAUGAAUCACGAACAUGUGGGAUCUUCCCCAGCUUUCAAUCCAUCAAUUUGGGAUAGACGUGGAUAUUCGGGGGAGAUGAUGGAAGCACCAGGCUUCCAUCCUGGGAGUGCUGGAAGCGUCAUGGGUUUCUCUGGCAGCACACAUCUGCAUCAGUUGGAGACCAAUGGUAUGCACAAUGGAGGGACUUUCAUGGACCCAGCUAUUUCUCCUGCACACAUGAGUGCUCCAUCUCCUCAGCAAAGGGGCCAUAUGUUCCAUCGAAUGAGUCAUAUGGCUCCGAUUCCAUCCUCAUUUGAUUCAGCUGGUGAACGGAUGCGGAUCCGAAGAAACGAAUCGAAUGUAAAUCAAUCUGACAAUAAAAGGCUGUUUGAGCUUGACAUUGACCGCAUAGUCCGGGGCGAGGACUCCCGGACGACAUUGAUGAUAAAGAAUAUCCCAAACAAGUACACAUCAAAGAUGCUUCUGGCUGCUAUUGAUGAAAGUCACAGGGGAAUUUAUGAUUUUAUAUACCUGCCAAUUGACUUCAAGAAUAAGUGCAAUGUUGGUUAUGCAUUUAUUAACAUGAUCAAUCCUGAGAAUAUUGUUCCAUUUUACAAGACAUUUAAUGGGAAAAGGUGGGAGAAGUUCAACAGUGAGAAAGUGGCAUCACUUGCUUAUGCUAGAAUCCAAGGAAAAUCAGCUCUAGUUGCUCAUUUCCAGAACUCAAGUUUGAUGAAUGAAGAUAAACGCUGCCGCCCUAUACUCUUCCACUCUGAUGGUCCCAAUGCAGGAGAUCAAGAACCAUUCCCUGUGGGACCAAACGUCCGUUCCAGGCCUGGGAGGUCCAGGAUUUUGAGCUGGGAACAAAACCACCAUAACGUCCUAUCUGAUCACGCCAAAGGCGAGACUCCUCCAUUGCCAGUGAUUACUGAUCCUACGUCCGUCGCAUGAAGCACUAACCACACUCUGCAAUCCAUUUUUUAUUUCCGAAUUUGCAUCUCCCACCCUUUCGCUCUUUUGGUGUAUGUAGCUAUGUCUACUUCAGCACAGUAUUUGCGGACCAGAGGCUCCCAAAGAUGGUUGCAAAUUUUUUCAGCUGGUAAUAAACAAGGAGGUGGAUGCUGUGCUGCUCAGUUUCUCCUGAUCGAAGCCGUGCGGUUAACCAUUAACUGAAUGUUGCUGCUGUGAAAGGCGAAAGGCGCAGGGAGUGCUUCGAGGUUUCGGGUAGUACUGUAUGAUGUAACCCAGUGUUGUACAGGUUGUCCGGUAAGAACGCCGUUUGUAGGGGAGUAAUUCUUUUUGGGUGCUGUUAACUGUGCAAGUCACACGCUGCCCGUGCAUUCUGUUAGCCAUGUGCCGUCUUUGACCCUACUGAUAAGUGUUGCCUGCACCAUCUUCACUGCUUCGAUGAUGCAGCCGAAUGCCCGAGUGCCAUCAUGUUGCAAAUAUACAAGUCUGAUGUUAUGAUCUGAUUUUUUUUAUGUUGCGACAUCAAUUUUUAUCUUUUUCCGGUUGUUGCAGCAAGUAGUUUGUAACGUUAUAAUCCUUGUUUUCGAAAUGUAUCAAUAUUGUUAUUGUAUAAUUCCCAUCCUUUGUUCAAAGCAUUGAUUUUA